GGAUGCAAAGCAAUUAUCUGAAGUGGAUCCUCCCCCCAGUGGCGCCAUACCUGCAUCCAUCACUAAUCUUGCCACUCUGCAAUACCUCGAUCUGACCUACAUUGACCUGGUGGGGUCCAUUCCAUCCCUCGCUACUCUCACCCGCCUCACCCACCUAGCUAUAGGAGUGGCGGGCAGCAGGCUGACUGGCAGUUUGGACGGACUGGCCUGGCUCUCAUCCCUCACCAACCUGCAAACAUUGAGUCUGGAAUACUUGGAGGCAUUCACAGGGGAAUUGUCCUCCCUGCACAUUCUUUCUCACAUGAGAAACCUUCAACAGCUGACACUCACUUCGCUCACCAAUGCCACAGGGGAGAUACCCAGGGAGAUCCGAUAUUUGACUGCCCUCACUUCACUAGACUUAUCUUUCCUUCGUGCCUUGGAGUUUCCCGAGUGGGUCACUCAUCUCUCCAACCUUCAGUACCUGAGCGUGGAGACGGAUGAUCCACGCCGGCAGGGGGUGGUGCUGGAAGACAUGUCUGAGCUCACCGCACUCACCAGCCUGUCCUUCAGUGGAAACAACCUGGAGGGCCACCUGCCAAAGAGCUGGUCCACUCUGGUCAAUCUGCAAGAGCUAUAUCUAAGUACUAACCACCUCCGAGGAUCCAUUCCCGCAACAUACUCAGCCCUAACGGCCCUCGUUUCAGUAGACCUUUCGUGGAAUUCUCUUUCUGGUUCUAUACCCCCAGUAUUCGGCACCGACGUCCAAACGCUAUACCUGGACCACAAUACCUUCGGUGGACCCAUUCCACCACACUUGGCACUGCCCAACCUCGUUGAGCU